AUGACGUCAAUUAAUUCAACAACACAAAUUAAUUUAACUUGGCUUGCUAUAGACCUAGAGCAGAGCCUUUUAAGCCCGGCCUAUGUGAUUGUCUUGCGUACUGAAAUUGUCUUGUUAUUUACUAUUUUGGUGUUGAUAUUCGAAUUGAUACGACAAUUUUUAAAGAGACGUAUUGCUAUUCAUAUAAAUCUUUUGUUGUUAUUUGUCAGUAUUGUCGUUCUUUAUUCUAUCCAUUCAGCAACACAAUUUGCUACUGUUCUACGUUAUUUCGUUCUUCUUCUUUACUACAAGGAUCCACACGAAUUAUUAGCACCUCUAUGGCUUGUCUCAUUAUUAGUUGGAUCUUUCUAUAUACAAGUAAUAUGUUAUCCUUCGCUACAUUUUUGUGUCAUGCUUGAACGUUUGAGGGCAACAUUGUUUCUAAAUAAAUAUGAAAAUGAGGGAAGAAAAUUGGCAAUUUUUAUGAUAACUAUCACUUGGGCAACUUCAAUCGGUUUUAUGACAUUUAUAAUACUCGAAGCUUUUGCUGAUCCUUCGAUGGAAAUUUUGGGAGCAUUAUAUUUGACAACUAAAAGCACAUCUGAAAUACUAAUUUAUGUAAAUAUUUUGACAACAAUAAUGGUGAUUAUAACAGCAUUCAGUGAUUGGAGAAUCACUAUAAUGAAUAGAAGGAUACAGGAAUCGAGGUCAGUCAAGGGAUUUUUCAGAAAAUUUUUCGUAAAUGAAAAAUAUUUUUUGUUUAAAAAUACAUGA